UUCGGACGGAAUCGAUCCGACACCCCCCACCCCACCACCAAAGCAGCGGCCACCACGUGCAAGCGUCUUUCGCGGGCUCCUCUCUUUAUCGAUCUUUCUCGUUCUUUCUCCGCCUCUCUCGACGUCUCUCGCCGUCUUCAGCGACUGCCCAGUAGGACGGAGCAUCCAGCUCGAGGUUCAGUCAAAGCAUUGUUGUGCGGGGAAGACGGUGGUGGGUUGAAUCGCGAGCGUGUUAGUUGUUACAUUUAGAGCGGCAGCGGCGGCGAGGGAUGACUGCCGAGGCAGAUGCGAAGGUGGAGAAGGUGGAGGAGGCGGUGGUCGGCGGUGGUGGCGCGGAAGCAGGGGACGACAUCUCCCCCAAACAGGACGGCGGAGUGCGCAAGCUGAUCAAGCGUGCGGGCGAGGGCGAUGACACGCCGCUGGCCGGAGACAAGGUGUGGGUUCACUACACGGGCACGUUGCUCGACGGAACCAAGUUCGACUCCAGUCGCGACCGAGGGGAGAAGUUCACCUUCGAGCUGGGCAAGGAGCAAGUGAUCAAGGCAUGGGACAUCGGCGUGGCGACGAUGAAGCGGGGGGAGCUGUGCCAGCUGACGUGCGCCGCCGAAUACGCUUACGGCGCCGUGGGCAGCCCCCCCAAGAUCCCCGCGAACUCCACGCUCAUCUUUGAGGUGGAGUUGUUUGACUGGAAGGGGGAGGACCUCACGGAAGAGGAGGAUGGAGGCAUCAUCCGGCGCAUCCAUUGCAAGGGGGAGGGCUACUCCAAGCCUAAUGAGGGCUCCACCGUGGAGGUGUCUCUGGAGGGCCGUGUGGGGGACCGAGUGUUCGACGCACGCGACCUCUCGUUCACCCUGGGCGACAGCGAGGAGUUCGGGGUGGUGCCGGGCGUGGAACGCGCGCUCGAGAAGAUGCUGAAGGGGGAAGUGUGCACCCUCACGCUGGCGCCCAAGUAUGCGUUUGGUCAGGAGGGAAAGGCAGAGUUUGAAAUCCCUCCAGACACCACCGUGGAAUACAAAGUGACUCUGAAGAGCUUUGAGAAGGCGAAGGAGUCCUGGGAGAUGGACACCAAGGAGAAGCUGGAGCAGGCCGGCCUCGUGAAGGAGAAGGGAACCCAGUACUUUAAGGCAGGGCGCUACAAGCAAGCGUUGGCGCAGUACAAGAAGAUCGUAUCGUGGCUGGAGAACGAGUACGGCCUGGAGGGCACCGACGAGACGGCCGCCAAGAGCCUCGUGCUUGCCGCGCACCUCAACCUCGCCAUGUGCCACCUCAAGCUGGCCGAGAGCCAGCAGGCCCUAGAGUGCUGCGACAAGGCCCUGGAGAAGGACCCGCGAAACGAGAAGGCGCUGUACCGUCGCGGCGAGGCACACGCGGCACAGAGGGACUACGAGCUGGCGCGCGCCGACUUUGAGCGUGUGCUGGAGGUGAACCCGGCCAACGGUGCGGCGCGCGCGCACGUCGCGCAGUGCCAGCGCAGGCUGCGCGAGCAGCACGAGCGAGACAAGCGCGUCUACGCCAACAUGUUCAGCAAGUUCGCGCAGCACGACGCAAAGCAUGAGAAGAGUCCGGGCAAAGGAGACGAAGAUGUCUUCAAGAAGGCGGCUCAAGAAGACUCGGAGGAUGACCACGUGGACAAAGAGGGAACGGACGAAGCUCCUGCUGCUCCCAUGGAGACGGAGGCGGCGACCGCGUGAGGCGGGGGGGAGGAUGGUUGCGGAAGGCCCGGUCGAUUUGGGGCUUUCACCGUUGAUGGCUGUUUCUUUCCCAUCACCACCGUCUUGGGAGCAGCAUCUUCUCUCUCUCUCUUGAAGUCCCCUCCCGCUUUUUUCCGGUUUGAUUGCCAUGCGAUGAACACUCUUCGCAGGGCAUAAUAUACACUUGGGCUACGCCACUUAGUGUGUUGUUGGAUAAGUGUCCCCCGUCCGGUGUCUUCAGGAUUGGUUUCUGUGACGUCAUACUCGAGGCGGGGGUUGCCGUGGGGGGGGUCGUCCCCCUCCUCCCACCAAAAGGAAUGUGUGACGUCAUACUGCGUGCUCGCAGGUCUAGCGGAUGUGGAAAGUUCAUCGUCUCAUUACAGGAUGCCGAUAGCAGGAAAAUUGGAAUAUACUUUGUUAAUUUAAAAAAAAGUGCAAAUCGCUGCACCGCUUGGUCAAAAUGAUCUGAUCUGGUUGUGUUAACGUUCCUAAAUUAAUUGGUAGUUUUUCUAAGUUUUGUUUUGAUUUGUGCUUUCAUUUGCUUUGUUUUUAUAUGGUUUUUGUGUUCGGUUUUACAACUUGGCAGCAAGAUGCAUCUAAAACAACACCAAUCGGUCUCCAUUUACCUCCCCUUUCCGAUGCAACGUCGAUCCACGACGAUGCAGCGGCGUAUUAAUUGCGGCCGCCGUAAAUAAUUGUCAAUUCACCUCAAGUUCCGGCUCGCGGCUCCAAUUUGCAUCGUUCCCAUUCCGAGUUUUAAAUCCCCCUACGUGCACCUGGCCCUACAGACGAGCACGGAGCGGCUCCCAGCAUGCAGCGUGCAUGUAUCCUGAUGGUAACCAGGGUUACUGGGUUCCUACCUCGCGAACAGAAGCAGCAAGGGGACUCAACCAUGGCUGGGACGCCUCUAGAGGCCGCUAUACUUAUACGUCUUUAAGCAAUGGUUCUCAACGUUUUUGGUACGGUGCCAACCCCCCCCCCCACCCCCCAAUCAAAUCCACUGAUUACGAUGAUCCCUGUCUCCCUGGUUACUAAGGUCUCAAUAAACAGACACCCCAUGUCCACUCCUGCACUCAACGUAUUCUUGGCAAUUUUGUUUCGCGGUUUUUUGUGUUGUUGCGUGGCGCUGACAUUCCCCGGACACGUUCGAAAUCUCUCCAGCGCAGUGUCAAUGCAACAGCCUGCGCAGCCCCUCUGAGGGUUUCAUGGUGGUGCACGACCAACGGAAGGUUGAGAACCGUUGCCUUAAAAAAUCAUUUGGCUUUGACUUUCAUUUAUUUUUAUUCUUUGGGUCUUUCGGCAAAGUCACGUAGAUAGAUUCGAAGCUUUCCUGACUGCAGGAAUUACUCUUUGGUUCUUUCGGUAAAGUCACGUAGAAAAUAAAAUAAUAGAAUACGACGUUUCGGUUGCAACACUAGCAGCCAUCAUCAGGUAAGAAUGAAUGAUAAAACAGAUGGAAACAACAGGGGCAGACAUGCAGACACUCGCUCAGUGUGUGUCUGCAUGCGUCUCUGCCUAUGUUGUGUCUGUUUUAUUCAUAACUGAUGGCUGCUUGUGUUGCAACCGAAACGUCGUAUUCUAUUAUUAUUUUCUACGUGACGUUACUGAAAGAACCAAAGAGGAGUUACGUAGAUAGGUUGAAAGACGAGCGAUCGUCGUCAGGAUCGCUUGUAUUGUGAUCGAAACGUCUAAGUCAUAACUGGCUGUGAUGUUUGCACCGUACCUUCCGAUGUUGUUAUUUUCGGCUCUCUGAUUUUACAUUAACAGGUUAAAUUUCUCACACGAACAUAGCCACCUCGCGCGCCGACGCGGUAGCGGCUCUGCGAUCCACCGUUAACAUGCUAAUUUCUCACAUUAACAUCACUAUCCCUGCCCACUUUGUUUAUGACCCUUGGACUACACCCAUUCUAAACCUUUAAAACAGUCUGCCUCGGCAGCUUUACUCUUUUUUCCUCCUGAUGAUGAUCGCUUGUCGUAGCUUUUUCUUAUUUUCUUUGAACCUAUCUCGCGUGACUUUACUGAAAGACCCAAAGAAUGUGAUUCCUGCAGUCAGGAAAGCUUUAAGUCAAGAUUUCAUUUAUUUUCUCACGCACGAAAGGCUUCAAAUGUGUUAUCGGUCAGAGUAGGGCACGCAGUCUGAGGAUGCAACCAGAAAACAAAAGCCCAUUUAACUUUGGGUUGCCUAUUCUGUUAUAGUGGAUGGCUUUUGGCGUAUUUUUCAUUCCAUGUAAUCUGUAUUUUCCCGGCACACGUGGGGUACUGUCACUAAUGUAAGGCUCAUUGGGGAAAGCAAUACCGAAAGUUCGUGAUGCAUCCGUUUUUUGGAGGAAUGGACUUUUGAUGGCUCACGAACGAAAUAAAAGCAAAGUUGGAA